AUUGAAAGGGAAGACAACCAAAAAAGGGCUCCCUGAGAGAAUUUCAGCCUGUCAUCUUUGCCAUUCUCCAGUUUAGCAUGGAUACAGACCAACCUGAAAGUCAUCAGAUCAACGAAGCAAACUGUCCUCUCGGUACAAACGCCAGGGACGGUCUCCUCAUCACUUUGGAGAAGGGCUCUCAAGAAAAAAGGGGCUGUGGAUUAGCAUUUGGCAACAGAGAAGAAGGGAAGUGCAGGACAGAAGAAAUCAAGGAGGAGGACAAGAAGGGGAACAGAAGUGUCGUCAGAGAGCAGAAGGAGAAGGUUGUGGAAGUACUGAAAGAGCUGAAUGUUUCAGAGUAUAAAACUACAUCCUGUUCAGAAUCCGAUAGCAUUUUCUUGAGCGUUGGGGAAGACAUGGAGGACCUCCUGGACAGAGUGACCAAAAUCAUUCCAAAGCUGGACGCCGCAGUGCUCCGGUUAUCCACGCACGAGGAGUCGGCUGCCGCCUUUCAGGAACCCAGAGACGAGGACGUUCCAGAUCAAACGGAAGACGUCAGGAAUCAGCAAUCUGAAUAUAAUCUGGAUCUUAGAGAAGAAGUUCAAGAUGCUCAAGAUGAAGAAAACACCCUGGACUCGGGAUUCAACAGUUCAAACUGCAGCACGGAGAAAGAGACCGAAGAGAAAACCAGUGUCAGAGGUCAAGAGAAGGAUUUUUGCAAUCAGGAAGCAGAGGAGAAAGACAGAGAGAAUAAAACUAAGUGGAGAACAGAAGAUAAAUGGAUUACAACAUGGUGA